GACCAAAAAGCAGAAACCACAAAAGGAGAGCGAGUGGAGAUGAAAGAGCAAAAAGGUGGAGAGCCUAUCCUUAAUCUGCUAAUCACCAUGGCCCACCCUUCUUCCCCCUUCCUUCUUCAUCAUCGUCAGCGCUGCUCUCGUGCUUCUCUUCACUACUCAACCUACUCUCCUUUUCUCUAGAGAACAGAGAGAGAGAGAGAGAGCAUCCAUUCUCGAUGUUCAUGGUUAAUGGGUUGUUGAUCCUUGCCUGCAUAAUCCAUAAACCUCGCGUCUGUUACCUUUGGCGUUUGAGAUGGGUGGGACUAGGCGUUAGAGAUUGAUCCCCACAUGGUUCUCUCCAGUGCUUCUUCUGGGUGCAGGAUCAUAGUCUGGUGAUUGGCGGAGGGGGAAAUGGAGGAAGAGGGGAACGCCCACCAUGGUGGGUACCCUCCUCAUGCGUUCCUGCAAUCUACCCAGACCGAAUUGGUCAACGGUGAGAUGGCUGUGGCGUCGUCGUCAAAGAAUCCCGAAAGGUCAUCGUCGUCAUCGAAGCGGGACGAAUGGAGCGAGGGCGGUGUUAUGAGCCUCCUGGACGUUUACGAAUCCAAAUGGCUGCUGCGCAAUCGGGCCAAGUUGAAGGGGAGCGACUGGGAGGAGAUCGCUCGACAGGUCUCUGCUCGGAGCUGCGGUGCUAAGCCCUCGAAGACUCCGAACCAGUGCAAGAACAAGAUAGAGUCCAUGAAGAAGCGAUAUCGUGCCGAAUCCUCAGGCGUCCAGGCCGGCGGUCUCGCCGCUUCUUCGUGGCAGUUUUACUCCCGAAUGGAUAACCUUCUCCGGGGCCUCUCCUGCCCUCAGUCGAGAUUUUUAGCUGGAAAUUGCUUUGACGGGGUGGUCGAGCCGGCCCUGACGGAUCUGGGUUUGCAGGAGUUGCCCAAAGUUGAAUUAGACGAGUCUGAUGAUCAUCUGAAACAGAUGCUACCGAUUAAGAUGCAGGAUCACACCCGUGCUCCUGGCGCCAUUGCCGAAGAAGGCGUAGUCGGGUUGCAGGUGAGCGAUCGGGACGACGGGUCGAACACCUUGGUGCCAAACCAUCAGAAGGAGGGCGAGAGCGACACUAGCACGCCCAAGAGCAAGGUGGCGAAUGAUGACUGUGGCUCUGGGGAGGGCCUUUCGUUCAAGCGGAGAAGAGGGUCGAGCGACGACGUUGCGGCGAGCAUCCGAAUGCUCGCGGAUUCGCUGUUGAAGAUAGAGAUGGCGAGGAUGGAGAUGUACAGGGAUACUGAGAGGAUGCGGCUGGAGGCAGAGGUCAAGAGGGGGGAGAUGGAGCUGAAGAGGACCGAGAUAAUAGCUGAGACUCAGCUGCAGAUAGCGAAGUUAUUAUCGAAAAGGAAGCGCGGGCAGAAGAAAAAAAAUGCAUGCCCUUUUUCCUCAAAGCCUGAAGCAUUGCGACUGGAUGGUUCUGAGAUGAAAGGUGAUUGACUGCGGACAAUGUUAAGCUCGUCUUUGUGGCGUCAUGCUGCUUGCUUUAGCUUUGGUAAAUACUAUGAUUUUGAUGUCAAAGCAACUUGUGAUGUAUAUAUGAAGGAGGUACCUCUGCAGUGUGUCAAUAUUCAACUUGCUCGCACACAACACACAUACACAUGAAGCAGAUACAAAUAAUUUCCUUGAUCGGAUGGUCAAAUAGUGGAGGGGUGUAUAUAUAUAUAUAGACACCCACACAUACUGUGUCCGGCCUCAAGCCACAUGAAUGCUGAGCUCAGUCUUGCUCAGUCUUGUAGUGAAAGAUCCUAGUUGUACGGAUACUACACCAUAUGAGAAAAUUUGUUCAACCAUCGGCAGAUCAAUGGUAAAAUCAUGAAUUCAUUCCAGUGGCCUUUGCCCUUGUUGAUGGUUGAUUGAAUUGCAAGCUUUUGAAGAGUUGUUUUAGUUCCUUUCCAAUCUUAAUCAUAUUUUAAUUUCUCUGUUA